CCCGGCACUUCACUCCGUUGUGCGCGGAGGCUGCAGCGGUUGCGGGGAGCGUUGGCUGAGAGCGCGAUGCCGGAACCGGCGAAAUCGGCGCCCGCCCCUAAAAAGGGCUCCAAGAAAGCGGUGACCAAGACCCAGAAGAAGGGGGACAAGAAGCGGCGGCGCAGCCGUAAGGAGAGUUACUCCAUCUACGUCUACAAAGUGCUGAAGCAGGUGCACCCUGACACCGGCAUCUCUUCCAAGGCCAUGGGCAUCAUGAAUUCUUUUGUCAACGACAUCUUUGAGCGCAUCGCGGGGGAGGCGUCCCGCCUGGCUCACUACAACAAGCGCUCCACCAUCACCUCCCGGGAGAUCCAGACGGCCGUGCGGCUCCUGCUGCCUGGUGAGCUGGCCAAACAUGCCGUCUCCGAGGGCACCAAGGCCGUUACCAAAUACACCAGCUCCAAGUAGAACGGCCGCAGCCGCCUGCAGGACCCCGCCCGGCCCAACUCAACCCAACGGCUCUUUUCAGAGCCCCCCACCUUCCUCCUAAAGAGCUGAUAUUGCUGCUGAGACACCCCCUUUGCAGGGAUCUUUACAGUUUGUAUGUCGCGUGGGGUGUUGCGAUAGCGACUGGAUACUUUAAAAUCCUUCUAAAAUUUA